GGAAGAGCCCCUAGGCUCUACGCUGGGGAGUCCCGGGACCUCUCAGAGGCCACCCGGGGUACAGGAAAGGACCAUCUGGGACGGGCCGACUGUGCUUAGGGCGUCGGAGCUGCGGGUCUGAGGGAUGAGGAGGGGCCAUGGCCAGCGACGGGGCCAGGAAGCAGUUCUGGAAGCGCAGCAACAGCAAGGUCCCUGGCAGCAUCCAGCACGUGUAUGGCGCACAGCACCCACCUUUUGAUCCACUGUUGCAUGGCACCCUGCUCAAGGCCACGCCCAAGGCGCCUACCACACCGGUGAAGGCCAAGAGGGUCAGCACCUUCCAGGAGUUCGAGAGCAACACCAGUGAUGCUUGGGAUGCGGGAGAGGAUGACGACGAGCUGCUGGCCAUGGCGGCAGAGAGCCUGAACACAGAGGUGGUCAUGGAGACGGCCCACCGCGUCCUGCAGAACCACAGCCAGAGGCGGGAGCAGCACCGGCGUCAGGAGGUGCCGGGGCCAGAGCACAAGCCCCCGCCUCACGCAGAGACUCCACCCGUCCCAAGCGGUGACCUACGACUGGUGAAGUCUGUCAGUGAGACCUCCUGUCCUGCAGAGAGUGCCAGCGACCCCAGCCCUCUGCAGAGAUCACAGUCUCUCCCACAUUCGGCCACGGUAGCACUGGCCAGCGGCUCUCCUGACCCAAGCAGCCUCAGCAGCUCAGCACUAAGCGAAAGAGAGGCUUCGAGGCUCGACAAGUUCAAGCAGCUCCUUGCCGGCCCCAACACGGACCUUGAGGAAUUGCGCAAGUUGAGCUGGUCUGGAAUCCCUAAGCCCGUCCGUCCCAUGACAUGGAAACUGCUCUCUGGUUACCUUCCUGCCAAUGUAGACCGAAGACCAGCCACUCUCCAAAGAAAACAGAAAGAAUAUUUUGCUUUUAUUGAGCACUAUUAUGACUCUAGGAAUGACGAGGCUCACCAAGAUACAUACAGACAGAUACACAUAGACAUCCCCCGCAUGAGUCCCGAAGCAUUAAUUCUUCAACCCAAAGUGACAGAGAUUUUUGAAAGGAUAUUGUUCAUAUGGGCAAUCCGUCACCCUGCCAGCGGAUAUGUUCAGGGGAUAAAUGACCUUGUCACUCCUUUCUUUGUAGUCUUCAUUUGUGAGUAUCUAGAGGAAGAGGAUGGGGACACUGCCGACGUCUCUCAUGUGUCCGAGGAGGUGCUGCGCAAUGUGGAGGCUGACACGUACUGGUGCAUGAGCAAACUGCUGGACGGCAUCCAGGACAACUAUACCUUUGCCCAGCCUGGGAUUCAGAUGAAAGUGAAAAUGUUAGAAGAGCUGGUUAGCCGGAUCGAUGAGCAAGUCCAUCGGCACCUGGACCAGCACGAGGUGAGGUACCUGCAGUUUGCCUUCCGAUGGAUGAACAACUUGCUGAUGAGGGAGGUGCCCCUUCGCUGCACAGUCCGCCUGUGGGACACCUACCAGUCAGAACCGGAGGGCUUCUCUCGCUUCCACCUGUAUGUCUGUGCUGCCUUUCUCGUGAGAUGGAGGAAAGAAAUACUAGAAGAAAGAGACUUUCAGGAGUUGCUGCUCUUGCUGCAGAACCUGCCCACUGCCCACUGGGGGGACGAGGACAUCAGCCUGCUGCUGGCUGAGGCUUACCGUCUCAAGUUUGCCUUCGCCGAUGCCCCCAACCACUACAAGAAAUGAGCCCCGGGCCUGGGCGGCGCCCCACCCGCUGGCCGCGGCAGACCCCGCAGAGCUGACAGGUGGCCUGUGAGGGGCCAUGUCCAGCAGCUGCCCUCAGGGGGCCUGGGGGUCAAACGCUGCAGGGCCCGGUGGGGGUCAAGCUGCCUGUUUUCUGAGAUACCAAAGAGAGCUGGAGGGUGGAGGGGUACGCCAACCAUUCCAGGGGCCAGGAUGGGUCAGGUGCCUCCCUCCCCUCGCCAAAUGACCAUGUCCCAGCGCCUCUGGCCAUGCAGGCUUGAGAGGUAGCCCCUCUGGGAGAGGCCUAUUGUCGGAGUCCCAGGGCCAGAGGAGGCCAGUGGCCUCCCCACCCCAACUUUGAAAUGCAAAGCUUCUGUUGAGUGAAAGAGAAUAAAACAGAGACAAAAUGAGUGAGACAUUGUACUGCCCGUCUGAAAGCCCCAGGCCUACCCAGGCCCUCAGCACCUAGCCGUAUUCUCCCACUGACGGCACUUUAACCCUGGCCUGCACUUUCUGUCUGGAGAGCCACAGGUGUGUGUGUGUGUGGGGGGGGGUGUUGCUGCUAUGCACUGCCCACUGUCUGGGAAGGGCCUGCAUAGGCAGGUACCCAGUGAGGGCUCUCCAAAUGGCCUUACUUUCCAGCUUGAAUCGCCAGAGACAUAGCCCUCUUCACCCCUGUUGGUCCCUGGCAGCUGGCCCCUGGCAGAAGCCUGAGACAGGCAGUGAGACUCGGGACCAGUGGUGUUCCCCAUGCACUCCCCAGUGCUCAGCAGGGCAUGGGGCCGGAGCUGGAGCUGCCUCUUGCCUCCAGAGCUCAGGGCGGGUGGGAGAGCUGAUUGCUUCCUGCCCUCUGCUGAUCACCAGCACAGAAGGGCCCUGGACCUGCCCAGGGGUGCAGCCGGGCCAAGGGCCACCGCUGCAGCCUCUCUGACCCUAGGACAGGCCCCUGUCUGGGCACCAGUUCUGAAGCAGAUUCCUGUAUGGGGUGCCCUGUUCCUGCUACCUGUGACCCCACUGCCAGCCGAGGACACAGGCCCACAAGCACAGAGCAGAGGGCGGGGACGCAGGAGCAGCCUGUGCCGGCCUUCUCAUUAGAAUGGAUUCCUGGGUUGUUACGUGUGGCGUGGAAACUAGCACCAAAUGCUGUGCAGAUGCCAGGUGGUCCUGAACCAGCCAAGGGACUGGGUGCCCUCACAGGAUGGUCCCUGUCCCCGCACUCCCCUCACCCUUCCAGGGGGUUCCCAGCAGAGGAUCCCCUCCAACUUCAACCAGCAAGCCCCCUAGCCUGCUCCUCUUGAGUCAGGGUGCCUCCACCCUACCAGGUCAGGAUCCCCUGGAACCCCUUUUUCCCAGACCACUCUGUGCAGCCAUCAUGUUGGGGACUCAGAAGGCCUGCCUCCCCCAAGGCGUCUUUCUUUCAAAUAGGAAGGAUCAACCAAAUUAAACGAGGUUCUGGUGUAUUUUUCUGUGUGUUCACUGUGUGAACACACAAUAAACACAGGGGCCGUGGACAAGGGCCCUCGGGUCUGAGCAGAGGGCUGUGAGAUGAUGAUGUUCUGUUUGCAACCUUCUGUGAGAAAUAAGAAUAAAGAUGCAGAGAAAGUG